CAUUUCCUAGUUGUUCCCCCGAUGGCCCGCUUGCAACAUCUCGGUGUGAGCGGGUCCUUAGAAUUCGGCGCGCGUUUUCGAAAUUAGAAUGUUUAAAAAAUCGAGCAUAGUUUUUUAGUGGUUUUAUUGUGAAUUUUAUGUGACCAGUUAUGUGUUGUGUAGUGGAUAUAGUUUAAGAAAGGAAUUUUAUUUUUGGAAUGACGGGAGCAGUGAGGUGAACGCAUCUUGUUUUUUUUUUUUAAUGCAGUGACAGUGCCUUUGAAGUGCAGUGACCAGGAUUUUACUUUGGAAAAUGGAACGUAGUGGUGUUUAAAAGUUUUAAAUUUAAAAAUAAAAAAUUCGUGCCCCAUGUAAAUUCGUCUAUCCGGAUUUUAGAUAACUGAACAUAACUACGUUCGGUUAGCUAAAGUCUUACAUAUUUAAAAAUCGAACACAAAUUGGCAUUUAUACUUUUUUAUUCGAAUAACAUCUUUUUAAAUCAAAUAAAUUCUUCUUUCUGCUUUGGUUUUCUCUUUACAGAUAUUUUGUGCAAAUUUUGAUCAGUAAGAAAAAUAAUAGUAUACGGGAACAAGUGAAUAAUUACAAUAAACCGAAUAGUGCCUUAUAAUGUUUAUUUAAGAGGAAACGAAGAAAAAAUAAACAAACAAACCACGGAGACAAAAUGCCAAAAAACUUGUUGCUCUUCAAAAAGAUAAUACCCGAAAUCAAUUUCGCUAAAAGAAAUCUCACAUCGCCGCUCGGUCGAAAUAUAUUUAUCAGUUAAAAACUGAAAAAUAAUAAUAAUAAAAAAAAUCAAAAAUAACAAACAACCAAGUUGGAGAAACAUUGGGGAGUGCCAUAAAGUUUUUUCAAAGAAAAAUUCUUAUGGUGAUAUAAUUAAAAAAAAUAUACAAAAAAGUUGCCUUAACAUCGACUUAGUCGAUAAAACAACAUUCAAGAAAAAAAAACAUCAAAACACCAAAACGUUCAGUGAUACUAGUGUAAAAAGAGACGCAAUGCGAAUGCAAUUCGCGCGUUUGCAAAAAUAUUCGCCGAGAGUAACCUAAAGGAAGCAGGAUACGGUUGAAUUAAGAAAACUUUUUUAAAAAGUUGAAAUUUCAAAUUUCGAAAUGAACAACAGCCAGUUCCACGAGUUGUUCGGAUCGCAGUGGCCCCCUGAUCAGCAUGGUGGGCACUCGUCAGCGUCUACCAUGCUGCAUCAGGCGCAGUCACCACUCCCUCAAGGGAUGCAGUUGAAGAGAGAGCCCCAUACUGACGUUCAAGGUGUGAUGCAUAACCAGAUGGGCAUGGACAUAACCUCAGGCUCGGUUGCUGACAGCACAUCCCCUCCACCAGGGAGCAGUGAGGGGAUGUUUGGCUCUUCUAUAUCCGGAAUGUUCAUGGAUAAGAAAGCUGCUAAUUCCAUUAGAGCCCAAAUUGAAAUAAUACCAUGCAAGGUGUGCGGCGACAAGUCAUCAGGGGUCCACUAUGGGGUGAUCACGUGCGAAGGUUGCAAGGGCUUCUUCCGCCGGUCACAGAGCACAGUGGUGAACUACCAGUGUCCACGCAACAAGGCCUGCGUGGUGGACCGAGUCAACAGGAACAGGUGCCAGUACUGCAGGCUGCAGAAGUGCCUCAAGCUUGGAAUGAGCCGCGAUGCGGUGAAAUUCGGUCGGAUGUCGAAGAAACAACGCGAAAAGGUCGAGGAUGAAGUGCGCUACCAUCGGGCGCAGAUGAGAGCACAGACAGACGCCGCUCCGGACUCGGUGUAUGACGCCCAACAACAGACGCCGAGCUCCAGUGACCAAUUCCAUGGUCAUUAUAAUGGCUACCCAGGCUACGCUUCGCCUCUCUCCUCGUACGGGUACGGAGGGAACGCGGGGCCAGCUCUUACAUCAAAUAUGAAUAUACAACCCCAGGCGCCCCAGCAGCAACCCUACGAUGUGUCGGCAGAUUACGUCGACUCCACUACAGCAUACGAGCCGAAGCAGACCGGAGGUUUUUUGGAUGCCGACUUUAUCGGACAUGACGACCAGCCAAAAAGCGCCAUAGUACGACCACCAGGUUCCACUUCAACCACAACAGCAACCACAUCGACAACCACCCUCCGACAGUCAACCAUUGACAUGCCGAGGCCUAGAAUACAGGAAUUCGAUAGAUACGAGGACAGAAUUCAAUCUCCAGCCUCUAUAUCCAGCGGAGUUAUUAGUAUUAAGCAGGAAAUCAAGCCGGAGACGUCAAUGGGCGUAGACAACCUGGUUGCCAGUUAUGUGGACUCAACAACCUUUCUGCACAGUCCAUCUAACAUCCAACAUAGUCCGAUGGACAUACAGAAUUCAGUGUUGGUGUCCGGGCAGAAUUCUGUCUCGUUAACAAGCGAGGAACUGAGCCCAGAUGACUUGACGUCCAGUAGUGGACACGGAAGGUUGAUAGACCCUUUAAAUAUGAAUAUAUCUGGUAUGGGGAUGGUUAACCCCAACGCUGUCACGAAUAGAAGACAUCACGGUUCAAGUCACAGUGGAUCGUCGAGUUCUGAAGACCUGCCGUCGGAAGGUGACAUCAGCAAGGUGUUGGUGAAGAGUCUGGCUGAGGCACACGCGAACACAAAUCCAAAGUUGGAGUACGUCCACGAGAUGUUCAGAAAACCACCUGAUGUCUCUAAACUUUUAUUUUACAACUCGAUGACCUACGAGGAGAUGUGGUUAGACUGCGCGGACAAGUUGACAGGGAUGAUACAAAACAUUAUAGAGUUUGCGAAGCUGAUACCCGGCUUCAUGAAACUCUCUCAGGACGACCAGAUACUGCUGCUCAAGUCAGGUUCAUUCGAGUUGGCAAUAGUUCGUCUGUCGCGGCUGAUCGACGUGAACCGCGAACAAGUGUUGUACGGUGACGUCGUGUUGCCAAUACGGGAGUGUGUUCACGCGCGCGACCCCCGGGAUGUGACACUUGUGGUGGGCAUAUUCGACGCCGCGAAGACCAUCGCGCGACUUAAAUUGACUGAGACUGAGUUGGCUUUGUAUCAGAGUCUUGUGUUGUUGUGGCCAGAACGGCAUGGAGUUCGUGGCAAUCCAGAGAUCCAGUGUCUAUUCAAUAUGUCGAUGGCGGCAAUGCGCCACGAGAUCGAAUCUAACCACGCACCGCUCAAAGGUGACGUCACAGUGCUGGACACAUUGCUCGCGAAAAUACCCACCUUCAGAGAACUAUCGCUCAUGCAUUUGGAGGCGUUAUGUCGCUUUAAAGCGGCACAUCCACAUCAUGUAUUCCCAGCACUCUACAAAGAACUAUUCUCUUUAGACAGUGUACUAGAUUAUACACACGGAUAAUUUCGCCAAAUUAUUCCAUGGGUUAUAUUCUUAAUUGGGGUUUGUACGAUCUCAUUUUUGCCUACGAAAUCCGGAGGUGGCAGUAGUGAGGCCGACUUUUAUUUAAAGACUUGACAGCUAUGUAUUUUUUUUUAUUCGAUUGUCCCCUGAACUGUGGACACCUGGAACGUUAUUUGUUAACCUAUUUAUAAUUGUAUGUAUGUACUUUGAGACUGUUAUAAUGAUAUUUUACGUAUAGGUACGUACGUACAAUAUUAAUAUUUAAAUGUUUAUUUAAUUUUGAAUCUAGGCACGUUAUAGGUGUUCACACUUCAUACGUAAUGUCAGAUGGUAUUAUAUUAUUUUUUUGUUAUGCUCUUAUUUUUCAUAACAAAUGUAGAUUAUGGGAAUAUAUGGAACCUGAAUUUGUGAGCUUUAUAUAAAUACAUAAUAAUACAUAUAUGUUUUGUUGUGUGUUUGUAUAUAGAGGCGUAUCGUAAUAUAAUUAUCAUAAAUGUAUAACUUUGAUGAGAAAGUAAGAAUUAUAUAUAAAAAUAAUAAUAGUAAUAGAGUUUUUAUUAAGAAGUGAAUAAAUUUAUAACGUUAUAGCGUCGUAAUGUACACACUACAGUUUUCUUUUUCUAAACAGAACUGUAAUUAUUAGUCCCUAAUUAUUUUUUAACAAUUUUUUUUAUAAAGAAUAUUGUAAUUUGUUAUUUAUUUCAAAUGAUUAUUAUUAUUGAUGUUUUUUUUUUAUUUCUCUUCAACAUAGAUGAUAUAAGUUGUAAUAUAGGAUACACAAUACUGCCCAUUUUAUUAUAUAUUUUAUUUUUCGUUGGCUUGAACAAGUGAAGCGAUGAAAAAUUUUCAAAUUAUAAAUAACUUAAUAUAAACUAAUAAUAAGAUGGAAUAUAACGUAUUAUUGUACGGUGCAUUGAACAAAAUCGCAGUCGAACAUUAUUAUUAUUAUUAUAUUGAAAAAUGAAUAAAUAAAUAAACCAAUCAAAUUUGUACCGAUCAAAUUAAUUUUGUACUGUCUCAGCAGGCAAUUUACAUAUUUUCAUAGAAUAAAUUUGAUCUCAUUUUUUGCACGUUCUUCGCUUUGGUGCCAUGUUUGGAAUUUAUUCAACAUUAUUUGUUUUUUUGCAUAAUAAACAAGAGAUUAUGCCGUAAGCAAUGCAUAAUAAUAACUGUACAACUGAAUUUUAAAGUACAUUUUUUACUGUAAUUUAUAUAUAUAUUUUUUUGUAAUACGUAAAUUAUACUUACAGUUUUUUUACGCUUUACGCACUUUUAUGUACGUAUCAAGAACGAAUCUUUGUUUCCUCAUUUUUCUAUAUUAAAAUUGCCUGCUACGUCUAUUAGAAAUAUUAACCAUCAAUUUUUCUAACAUUUACGCUAAGUUUUGUCGAAUAGCCUUUACUAUAGACUGGUUUAUAUUAAUAAUAAAAAAGAAGUAUAAAUCUUAACUCGUAUUUUGUAAAUAGUAAUUAAUCAUAUGUAUUUUAUAUUAAAUGUCAUUAUAAGGUUCAAUGGGUUAAUUUUAAUUUUACAUUUUAUUAAAAAAAAGUGAAAAACAAAUUUUCCACGAUGACCUGCCGGGAUGUCGAAUCUUGAACGAUCAUGUGAAAGUGUUGUUUUUUAUCUUUCUAUAUAUUAUAUAUUUUUUGUUAAAUAAAGCAAUCUGUUAUUGUCUA